CGGGCCAUUUUUGGGGCUCCCCCACCAAUCAGAUCUAACGUAUUCGUAUCCUUCCGUUCGUAAUUUUCGAGGGCUAGCUUUCCCGGUUCUCUCAGACGCUCAACUCGUGCCGUUCAGCUCGCUCGAGUUAGAAGACUUGAUCGUUUCGUGAAGAAAGUCGGAAGGAAAAGGUCGCCACCAUGGACGCGAUCAAGAAGAAAAUGCAAGCGAUGAAGCUUGAGAAGGACAAUGCGCAGGACAAAGCCGAUACCUGCGAAGCGCAGGCAAAGGAGGCGAAUAUGCGCGCGGAUAAGGUCCUAGAGGAGGUCGCAGAACUUACGAAAAAACUCGCUCAGGUCGAAGGUGAUCUCGAAGCUAACAAACAAAAUCUCGAGCAGGCCAAUAAGGAUCUCGAGGAACGUGAAAAGUCCCUUACCAACGCCGAAUCCGAGGUCGCCGCUCUUAAUAGAAAAGUCCAGCUGAUUGAAGAGGAUCUAGAAAGAUCCGAGGAACGUCUCAACACUGCGACUGCCAAACUCGCUGAAGCGUCUCAAGCUGCUGAUGAAUCUAGCCGUAUGUGCAAAGUAUUGGAGAACCGUGCACAACAGGAUGAGGAAAGGAUGGAUCAGCUGACGAAUCAGCUUAAGGAGGCUCGUCUUCUAGCUGAGGACGCUGAUGGAAAAUCAGACGAAGUUUCACGCAAGCUGGCCUUCGUUGAAGACGAGUUAGAAGUCGCUGAGGAUCGUGUCAAAUCGGGCGAAGCAAAGAUCAUGGAAUUAGAAGAAGAAUUGAAAGUCGUCGGAAACAGUUUGAAAUCUUUGGAAGUAUCCGAGGAGAAGGCUAAUCAACGAGUCGAAGAAUUCAAACGUCAAUUGAAAACGCUGACUGUUAAACUAAAGGAAGCAGAAGCUCGAGCAGAAUUCGCUGAGAAGACAGUGAAGAAACUCCAGAAGGAGGUUGACAGGCUUGAGGACGAGCUUGGUAUCAACAAGGACAGAUACAAGUCACUCGCCGACGAAAUGGACUCCACGUUCGCCGAAUUGGCAGGAUAUUAGAUCGAUUUUCAUAUUUAUUAUGCUUCGGCUAAUUUCUUUCAUCGAUUCUGCCCUUUUUUUUUCUCUCUCUCGUUAAAGGCAACGAUUCUCUCGUCUCGAGGAACUUCGAAUUUUUCGUGAAAAGAAAAAAAGGAUGGGUGAAAGAUCUAUCGCAAUUAUGAUCAAGAUCAAUUAGCGAUCAUCCACGCGUCCAUAUUCAUUUCUUUACGUUAAUCGUGACGGACAGCUAAUUAAGUUUUAUUCUGUUAAACUGUUAUACGAAGAGUAUCAUGUAAUAAGCAACUGUAAUGCAACGAUCAUGUUAAUAAACUACCGUAAUAAGA